UCUUCCCACCAGGCUACAGCUCCAUCAUCCACCGGCCUCACAUCACUGAUCACAUCUCAUCACACACACACGGCACCCUAAACCACCUCCCGCCCCCACAAUCCCGCGCUCAAUUCAAACGGGUGCCUGUCACUCACUUACUCACUCGCACAUUCCUUCACUCACUGAAUCGCCUCCUUGAACCCCCCCCCCCCCGGCUCAUCGCACAUCUCCGGUCAAAAAAAAAAGAAGGCCGCGCAGCAGAGAAGCAGUAAAGACAACACCAGCCCCAUCUCACACACAAGUCAUGCUCCGCCGCCCCGCAACAACCCUCGCCAUAACGGCAGAGGACAUCGCCUCCUACGAAGACCGCCGCGCCCGCGAGGCCAUCGUCCGAGAACGGCAGGUCCUCGUCCAGGCCCAGCAGCAGCAACAACACCAAGCCGCCCUCGCCGCCCAACAGCAGCAACGGAUCCUUCAGCACCAGCAGGCACAGGCACAGCACCAGCAGCAUCCCUUCUCGUCACCCGUACCGCAACAGCAGCAAUCUUCGCCGCAGCAUCCCCAGCAAAGGUACACGCAAGCUCAGAUCCACCAGAUGCAACAGAUGCAACGCCUCCAGCAACAGCAGCAGCAGCAGCAGCAGCAGGGUCUAGACGACGAUAGCAUGCUCACGGCAGACGUGGACGUCGACGAGAGCUUGGAGUACGAUGAGGUGCAGCAACGGGAGCUGCUUAGGCGGCAACAGGAGAUGAUGAGGGCGCAGAGGGGCCAGAGUGGGCGCGGCGGCGGCGGGGUGCAGACUACGCCUACGCCGGGGGAUGGGGGCCGUGGGGGACGGACGAGGGAGGAGAGGAUCGGUGUUGGGCGGCGUGGGAGGUGAAAGUGAGUGUCGCUCGAGAGUUGUGGUAAAGAUAUCGUGGGCGAGAGACUGGUGAUAUACUGGUUCACUGUUAUUGGAUAAUGGAAUGUUCGGCGCUUUGGGAAUGCUAUUUUCCCUAACGGACACGUCUUCUAUGUGGUUCAUCAUGUUGAUUUAUCUGCCUUACGCCUUUGGACCUAGAUUGAGGUAGAACUUGAAAUCUCACGCUUGAGAUACGCCUUGU